AUGUACGGAGGCGGGGGCUUCGACCAGUUCGGUGGGGGCGGCUUCGUGCCGACUCAGCAACAGGACCCGGCACAGGGCGGCGGCGGCGGUAGCGGCGGCAGGCUGGGCUCGACACCCUUACCCACCCCCAACGCGCCAAUCCGCAUGCUGUGCUGGCAGGCCGCCGCGAACAUCCCCUCAGACCAACAAGACCUGAUCGUCGAUGGCUUCGAUCUCUCAAACGUGACGGUCGUCGGAAAGGUGCUCAGCAUCGCAGAGCGCGGCGGCAGCCUGGACCUGCGGGUCAGCGACGGCACCGGGGCCACGGACCUCCAGUUUUUCGGCGACGCCGUCGAGGACCCGCAGGCGUGCGCCCAGAAGCUGGCGGAGUGGCGGCCAGGCACGUACGUGCGCGCGAUCGGCCAUGUGCGGACGUUCAACGGCAGCCGGAGCGUCCAGGCGUUCUCAAUACGCCCCAUACAUGACUUCAAUGAGGUGACGUAUCACUACCUUCAGGCCAUAUUCCAGCACCUGCACCUGCUGAAGGGCGGCGGCACCGGCGCGGGGGACUGA